UUUCCUCGCCUUCCUGCCGAGCUGCGGCUUAGGAUCUGGUACCUGUCCCUCAAGCGCCAGCGUAUGAUCAAGGUGGCCGUUUGGACCGAAUGGACAGAGGAUUGGGCCAAGUCAAGCGAUCAGUCGAAGUCUCGCUACUUCAUGGCUCGUAACCAUCUGGGGAAGCUCGUCAGCGGCGGCAGCUACUCUACCCAGAUUCUGCACCCUAACCGCCCAGCCUUGUUCAGCCCACUGCUCUGGGUCACCUGCGAGUCGAGGCAGGCUGCGCUAGGGUUUUACCGCGUCCAUCUUCCCACGUCCAUUCAAGGUCGUUCCUCUUGUGGGAACAAGACGGAGGAGCUUGUGCUCUACUUCAACCCGGAGCACGAUAUCGUGGAUAUCGAGGAUUGGUCCUUGUCGGGAGCAGGCUUGGUAGACUUCCUCCAUGACGCUAGGGCGUACGAUCGCAAGGGCCGAGGCGUUACUCACCUUGCUCUUGAUAUGUAUGGCACGUGCCCGGGACAUUCACGGCUACCAAGCCCCACGACGAUCCACCCCGUAGCAGCCGUGUCCUUCGCCGAGAUACUGCAGUACACCCUCCGAACAGUCCUGCAGCCCGUCCCAUGCAACGGCCCCUUCAGGAUCCAGCCCACGGUCGAUGGCGACAAAUCUCACUUUGCCCAGACCAUGCCUCUCCACGCCAAUCAACGGUGGGACCGUUUCGGCACCGGCAACAUCCGCUGGCUUGAGACCGAUCCGCGGUGGGGAGUCGAGCACGACCUCGGCGCCGUGAGUUUCCGGAGAAACCCGCUCACUUGCCUCUGGAGCUGGGAAGAUAUGGAGAGGGCAUUCGGGAUUGCCGAGCGGGUGCCGGACGACAAGUUCCGUUUCUACCUCUGUCCGUACAUCCACUGGCCUGCUCCGCAGUCAUACUACGAUGCAGUCCACGACAAAUCUACGGUGCUGCCCCCGAGGCAGAACAACCCCUUCUUGAAAUCCCCGUGGCGGGAGAAAUUGGCGGCUUACCUGCACGUGGAACAAGAGCACUGGCUGCGUCGUACCCGCCAGGAAGAGAUCCCGAGACACGGGUCGCUAGUCGACGCCGAAACGUUCCAGCGCAUGGAGAGCGUCCCGAGCACGGCCCUGGGCAUGUGGCUUUGUUCACCCGAGGCCUUCGGCAAUUCGGAUAACCCUGCCGGGAAAGUCUUUGACCUCUCGGCAUCUCGCCCGGGCCUGCUG